AUGCGCGAACGCAUCACAUUUGUUCAGAAGCUGGGAGACUCGCUGGAACCAUCAGAGCUUAAGGUCGACAGCACCACUGUUAGCGGACCAGAAGUACAUGCUGUUCGUGAAGAGAGACUUAAGUUCAGCGUCGACGAGCUGCCCUCUGAGCUCCAGACACUCCUUAGUGAUUUUCAGGGGCUUGACAUCAAGUGGGUGACCGAUGCUUACCAUGAGACUGUGAGCCCGUUGCUGUCGAGACUACCCCCUGGCUUUCAUGUCGUCUUCACUCCCCGGAGACCAGAUACUUCGCUAGAUUCACUGUGCUCGGCUCUUGUGGAGCUAUUUGGUGAUGAUAUUUACUGUUCAAAUGAAUCCUUCACCGCGCUGUCCAAAGCCCAAUCCACUGGCGUUACCACUCUUCAGUAUUACCAGCCAUUGAGGAGCCUAUCGCAUCUUACCCGCCGGGCCAGGUCCCUCCUGUGCCGCUCAGACGAUACAUCCUGCUCAAACAGGCUAGACAGUCUGACCUCAGCGAGUUCCCUCGACAUAGCCUACGACUCUGACGCGAACGACUUCCGCGUUACAGCCACUUGGCCCUACCAGCGCCAGCAUAUUCACGCCACAUCGCGCGAAGGACACCGCACCGAGGUUGGCAUUCUCUCGACCGACAAGCCUAAAACACUUGACCCCCACGAAAUUGGCAUCUCAGGCCUGAUCACAGUCCUACGAGAGAACAAGAAGCUCUCCCCCGUGCUUUUCUCCUUCGCCGCACGUCACCGCGAUGCAGAAUCGUCUUUCUCGGCCCGCUUCCUUUCCCCGACUGGAUUACACCCUACUCUGCAGCUACGUCUCUCCUCCGCGAGACCACCGCGAUCCCCAGAGGAGCAAGAAUGCUCCCUCCACGCUUACUUGACCCUCCCGCGCACCAUUUUCCCUGACCGCUACCAGCUCUCUGACCCAAUCUUCCUCGCAUCCAAGAACCUUUCCGCCCUCCGCUUCGCCACCAAACCUGUCGACCUCGAAGCCCCGGACUAUGCCGUCCCGCAGUGGGGCUUGGCCCUGCUCCUAGAUCUAGCUACUCCCACUGAAUCUGCUGCUGCAGGGGAGUUCACGGCAGAGAUCCCCCUCCACCUACGUUACCUCGCCCCUGCCAGCGGAGGUUACCGCUCCAUCGAGAUUCCCUACCCCGCUGUCUUCUGGGCAUGUCGUGACCCAGCCGUCGCCGAUGCCCCAUUGGGACCGUUCGAGCGCAGUGGACUGGGGUACGAUGCGCUGUUUGCUGACAAGCCGGGAAUAGUGUUUUGGCAUGUUGAGCCGAAGCCGGCUGCGGGGCAGGGAAGCAGGAUGGUGAACACGGUUAGGGUGCCGGUGCUGGACAUGGAUAAAGCUGGGUGGGUGAACUUGGGCACGGCGGCGGUGAUUGUGUUUGGGUUUGCAUGGGUUGUGGGGAGGUUGGCUGGCGUUUGGUUAAGGAGAGUGGCUGCUGAGAAGGAGAGGAAAAAGAAGACGCAGUGA